AUGUCGGCCUACGAUCACGACCUUGAGGCCGCGGACGCGGAAGCGGAGGGCAUGCCAUGGAACGCCGAAGACGGAGCUUGGGACUUUGACGGGCUCGACGACGACGACCGGUCAGUGAACGUCGAUGCAUGUGAGCGGCAAGGCGAUGGGCAAUUAAUUCGUUGUUCAGGAACUACCUCGCCUCACACGAAUUUGACGCGUUCAACGGGCCACUCUCUUCCGUUUCCAACUCGCCGCCGCCUGAAUUGGAACACACUCAAGCUCCACCUCCAUCUGCAGUACCCGACACCACCACAAACAACUUCACCCGACCAGCUGCACCGAACAUAACACGCCGCUCUCUCGUCAACACGCUUUCCGCCUUCCGCCGCCCACUCACGACAGGGUCACAAAGCCCUCGAAGACCGGAGAUACGGACGACAUUCGAACCUCAACGGCCCUCGCCCCCGCGGUCACCAUCAAGCUUCGCUUCCGACGAGUUUGCUGACCUCGUGGAUACCUCAUCAGAAGACGACAGUGUACCUCUAUCCAGAACCAUGCCCGCAAGCACUCGGCGUAACAGCAGGCGUGGUGCCGGCAUGGUUGAUCUGACCGCCGAUAACACUUCCACAUCACAAGCGGCAAGAGGCACUAAGCGGAAGGCAGAAGCUUCAUCAUCUGCAGGCGGAGGCCCAGCGACAAAGCGACGUGGUAGCAUGAAGAAACAAGAUGUGGAGGAGAUCGAUCUUGCCCAUGACACACCGUCGGGCGAGGAGGAGCUGCUUCAGCAACAACGUCAAGAUGCUCUCAAGACACAGCAAGCAGCUAUGCGGGAUGCGGGACCUCAGAAGAUUGGCAAGCGACAGUGCAUCAUCUGCCUGGACAACAUCACGAACUGCACGACGACCGUCUGCGGUAAGUAUCUAUCCACCGGCUCUCCGGAGGAAAUGUUGGCUAACAGACCGGCAGGCCAUUUCUACUGUCACGAGUGUCUGGUCAGUGCUCUGAACCAUGCUGAGCGGAGCAGCGAUCGCGGCGUCGGGACCUGUCCUCACUGUCGAAAGCCGCUGCCACGCACCAAGAAGGCGAACAGCAUUGUCCCCAUUCAGUUCAUGAAGAAGGCGCAGUUUGCCAAGAACCAGCGGAAGCGGACUGACAUUACGGGAUAUCGAUGA